GCCAACUAAGGAUCUUUCCCCCAAAGUAUUUUCAAACCCAUAUAAUAUAUAAUAAUAUAUAAUAAUUUUUAUAAUUUAUUUAUUUUUUUAUAUGUUAGCUCAUAAACCAAUAAUAUCAUGGGUUUGAAAAUCAAUGUGGGAACUGUAGCACUGCUGUUGUUGUUAGCAUUAUAUGCUGCCAAUGCCCAAUCUGGUGUCUUUGAUAUCACCAAGUACGGUGGCAAAUCGAAUGGAGAUAUCACCCAGGCUGUGACAAAAGCUUGGCAAGGAGCCUGCCAAACAGCGGGAAAAAGCAAAGUGGUGAUUCCAAAAGGGACAUACAGAAUGGGGGCAGUGCAAUUUAAUGGACCGUGCAAGGGUAGGAUCGAGUUUCAGAUUCAAGGAACCGUACAAGCCCCAGGCGAUCGCAGCUACUUCAAGUCAGGAAGUUGGGUCAAUUUUCAACGCAUUAACGGCUUCACUUUGUCUGGCGGUGGAACUUUUGAUGGUAAAGGCAGCAGCGUUUGGGGAAAGCGAUCGUGUUCUGGUAUCAAAUACUGCGGUGACCUUCCCAUCAGUCUCAGGUUUGAUUUCAUCAGCAACGGACUGAUUCAGGGCAUAACAUCUUUGGAUAGCAAACAAUUCCACAUUAAUUUGUUGGGUUGCAAAAAUGUUACCUUCCAACACGUAAAUAUCAUAGCACCUAGAACUAGUCCCAACACCGAUGGAAUCCAUAUUGGGCGAUCAUCUGGAAUCAGGAUAAUCGAUACAAAGAUUGCAACUGGUGAUGAUUGUGUCUCCAUUGGUGAUGGCAGUCGGGAUAUACUUGUCCAAAGAGUAACUUGUGGACCUGGCCAUGGAAUCAGCGUUGGAAGUCUUGGCAAGUAUUCGAAUGAAGAACCUGUGGUUGGAGUCAAAGUUGUUGAUUGCACACUGACAAACACACAGAAUGGCGUGAGGAUCAAGACAUGGCCUAAUUCCUAUUCUGGCACUGCCUCUAAUAUCCACUUCGAGAAUCUCCUCAUGAAGAAUGUCGACAGGCCUAUCUACGUAAAUCAAGCAUACUGCCCAUGGAAUCAGUGCAAAGCACAAAGUCCCUCCAAGGUCAAGAUCAGCGACGUCACCUUCAAGAACAUAAAAGGUACAGCUAAUACUAGGGAGGCAGUGACGCUUGUUUGCAGUAAGGCAGUACCAUGUCAGAAGGUGCUGUUAAGUGACAUAGACAUCCAAUACCAUGGAAAAGACGGCCGCCCUACUUUCCAAUGUACUAAUAUCAAACCAAUGCUCAGUGGAAAACAGAAUCCUUCUCCUUGUACGGUUAAAUAAAUUCCAAAAGGUCCCAACUAAAUUAUAAUAAAAUUACAAUAAAAUUUAAUUAAA